CAGCAGAAGGAGAAAAAAACGCAGUCUUGCGAUGGCAAUUCCAAUGGCAACAAGAGGAGCAGCGCUGAGUUGGCGCCACGUCGCCGUGUUCGUCGCCGCGGUCCUCGCGGUGGUGGCCGAGGCGGCCGGCGACCCAAGCAAGAUCGGCAUUUGCCACGGCCGCGUCGGGAGCAACCUGCCCCCUCCGGUGGCCGCGGCGGCGUUGCUGAGGAAGAACGGGAUCACCAAGGCGCGGCUCUUCCUCCCGGACCCGGCCGUGCUCCCGGCGUUCGCCGCCGCGGGGCUCGACCUCAUGGUCGGCGUGCCCAACGAGAACCUCACGUUCCUCUCCGCCGCGGGGCCCGACGGCGCGCUCCGCUGGCUCAAGUCCGCCGUCCUGGCGUACGCCCCCGCCGAGCGCGUCCGCUACCUCGCCGUCGGCAACGAGGUGCUGUACAACAACCAGUUCUACGCGCCGCAUCUGGUGCCGGCGAUGCAGAACCUGCACGCCGCGCUCGUCACCCUCGGCCUCGACGGCAAGAUCAAGGUCUCGUCCGCGCACGCCUCGUCGGUGCUCACCGCGUCGUACCCGCCCUCCGCCGGCGCGUUCGACGCCGCCUCCCUCGCCGUCCUCCGCCCCAUGCUGCGGUUCCUCGCCGACACCGGCGCGCCAUUCAUGGUGAACACCUACCCGUUCAUCAGCUAUGUCAACGACCCCGUCAACGUGCAGCUCGGCUACGCGCUGUUCGGCGCGGGCGCGCCGCCGGUGAGCGACGGCGCGCUGGUGUACACCAACCUGUUCGACGCGACGGUGGACGCGCUGGUGGCCGCGCUGGAGAGGGAGGGGUUCGGCGCCGUGCCGGUCGCGGUGACCGAGACCGGGUGGCCGACGGCGGGGCACCCGGCGGCGACCCCGCAGAACGCCGCCGCGUACAAUGCCAAGAUGGUGGAGCGGGCAGCGCGCGGCGUCGGCACGCCGCGGCGGCCCGGCGUGCCCGUGGAGGUGUUCCUGUUCGACCUGUACGACGAGGACGGCAAGCCCGGCGGGUUCGAGAGGCACUUCGGCAUCUUCAGGGCGGACGGGAGCAAGGCUUAUGAUAUCACCUUCGUCUAGUGCUCAAUCUGUACUCAGUACUAUAAUUUGUGUUGAAACUCACGUUGAUUUGAGCAUCAACUUUACUACUAGUAUUUGCUCUUCCCUAAA